GUGUUUUUUAUUACGCUAGGUUAGAAUAGUCCGGUCUGCGUAGCUUUUCCUUCCCAGUAUUUAUGUGCCGCGAUUAUCAGUCUCCAAAAUCCCCCCGAUUUUUUCUCACCCUCCCCCCGAUCGUUUCGUGCAACCAAGUUCUGAUCCCUACUCAAAUUUGUACCUUCCGAAAAUGAUGUGUUGCUUCAAAGUCUCGAGAGUAUCUUUUCUUUUCGCUUUAAUUUCGCAAGUCGCGGCUCCACGUGAUGUGUUCUCGUUCGAGGGAAAAUUGAAAUAAAUGCGGAAAUUACAACCUGGCUUUUUAAAGUGAAUACGGAGUCGUAUUUAAGUGUGUCUUCUUCCCUUCCAUCGUGGUUUUGGAUGUAUACUACCACCUCCUACCAUCAGAUGAAAGUUGAGGUAAAAUAUUUCGCGCGUUAUUAGCUCCUUUUUUAUUAGAAACUAAUAACUAACGGCAGCUGUUGCUUCAUGAAUAACACGCAGAACUGCAUUGUAAUAUGUCCUCGUACAGAAGCAAUUAUAGUUCUUACAGCUCUUCAUACCUGGGCAGCCGAUUCAACACGGUAACAAGAACCUACACCUCAAGUGGCUCAUCACGUUCAUCUUUUAGUUCAGGUUUCACUCCAACAUCCUCCUCAGUCCUCUCUUUGAGAGACAAAUACAAUUCGUUAAGUCGCAACUCAACCAGUAGCGUCGGCACCUCGAGAACUGAGCGAUCCUCCAGUCAGUAUGACUCCAAGUCAGGAUCAGACUCAUACUCCAGAUCGUACUCCACCUAUAAACCGUACAGCAGCACAUCGACCGAGAGUUCGACAAGAGCCUCGAGCUACACCCCCUAUAAAUCAUACACUGCCGGUAGCUCCGAUUCUUCGUCCAAGUCUACUUACACACCUUGGAGCAAAUCGUACCGAUCGUCCGUACCAGAAAGCACAUAUUCAUACCGUUCACGGUACAGCUCAAAACCGGAUGCGGAGGCAAGCACGGAAAAAUCAUCAACCUAUCGAUCAUCUUACUCAAAACCAGAACCGGAAUCAAAUUCCUACACCAGCUCAAGCCGUGACGUAGAUUCUCGAUCCUCGUAUUCCAGGUUCAAAUCCGACCCCGAACCCACUCCCCGAAAGGAUGAACCUGAAGUGUCUUCCUACUCGAAACCUAGCUCCGAGUACAAGCCCUCAUCCUAUUCCUCUAAAAAUGAGACUGAUACAUCAAGUGCUAAAGACUCACUGAGUGUUUAUAGUAGGUACGGUCAUUAUGGAACAAGGAAAUCUCCUGCGCCCUCAGCAAGCGAAGAAUCAAAGGAUGAGGUAAAAGUAAGUGUUACGACCCGGUAUACUUCACCGACCCCUCCCUCUAAUUCCGCAUAUUUGAGGAACAGGAGGGCGGAAUUAGAGAGUAUUUAUCAGUGUGAAAUAGUCCGGAAAUCUCGCGUCUCAAAAACGGAUUGUCAAACACAAACGGAUGAGAAUGACAUCUACGCAGCCAUGAAGUCCGAGUCGUCUGAGGGGGAGAACAGUGAACCUGCAGAACCACCUUUAGCUGCUAGUCGGUCACCGGUUCACAUCAGUAAAAGUGACGUUGACGUCAAUCAAAAUAUAAAAGAAUCUGAAAGCUUUAAUUAUGUUCGGCCGACCGACAUCACGUCAAAAACAGUGAUCACUGUUGACUCUUCUUUGGACCCUGCUCGAGGUGUGCAUCCCUCCACAGAAGAAUCUCUCUUUGCCCCGUCCACAUUCCAAUACACUUCCAGUUAUCCUAACCUUAAAAACUCGUCGACCGUUUCUUCGCAUCCGAAUUCUCUCAGUGUUUCGACGGCUAUUUUAAAUUUACCUAACAAGUCACCUACAUUUUCAGAAAGUGAUGUUUCUGAAAAGCAAUCUAGUCCUGAUGGAUCCCUGAGCGCAGGAAAAGCAAGUUUUGAAAAAUUUCCGAGUCCCGAGAAAAUAUCUGAAGACAGUAAAAAUAGUGCAGCAUCGAAAGAAGGAUAUAAGUCUAGUUCCUCUCCAUCUUUUGGACUGGAGAAGGCUGUACCAAAUCAAAAAUGCUCUCUCAAAUCGUCAAGUCCAGCACGGUCUCCCAGUCCUAAUUCACGUUUAUCGAGAUCUCGGAGCCCUACUCCUAGUUACAGUUUUACUAUUUCCCCACGACAUCACCAAACUAGAAGCAAAGACAGUAGCGCAAGUCAAACGAAUGAGUUCAGCGUCGCUCAGCCUGAAAUAUUAGACAAAUCCUCAAGCUACCACCUGAAUAUACCCAGUGCAUUCCAAUUAAAUUUAGAAAAGAAAAUGUCUGACCCAUCGCGAUCUCUAAGUCGAAGUCCUUCUCCUUCACCGGCCAGAGGUAGAACACCUGAGAAUAUCAAUUAUUCUAGUCUCAACGAUCCGAAUCAACCAAGUGCAGGUCGGCUUCUGUCUCUAGCAAAAUCCACGAGUUUCGUGUCCAAGAAAGCAGAAUACAUCGAGCCUGUCGUUAGUGUGCCGUUCAAAUCGACUCACCGCUUUUCGGAACAGUUUUCAGAUAGUGACAUUUCUAGGUCAGAAACCUCCGUGCCUAAGAUUCGAUUGGCAACUUAUCCGUCCGAUAGCGAGGAGCCUUAUCGGAAGGAUACGAAAGGCUGCUCUUCUGAAAGGGUACCCGAGAAACCAAUAAAGACUUCGGAGUCGGACUCUCUUAGUUUUAAUGGUCCACCAUCAUCAACAUCCCAGUCCCCUUUUCCUCAAGAAGAAUGUGCCAGUAAACCCCCGGUGCACCCUGCCAGCCCUAUUGUCGGAAUCAGGGUUUCCAGUAAAGAAAGAAUGGAAAGUUUGAGGUACGCGAUGAUGAGAUCAGAAACGCCCGCGAUGGCAUUCAAAAAUAAAUCUUUCGAAAGUUCCUCCGAAGACAUCUCCGACCUCACUUUUGACUUCUCAGGGAAGCACUACGUCAUCAACGAAUUCACCGAAAAUCACAUUCCAAAUGCCCGUAAGCCUCUCGAAAGUAUUAAUAACGAGAAACCGAAGGAAGGUGACUCGUUCAGUCAGACAGAAGGAAUGGGUCAAGCUCAGUCGCAAAAAAUCAGGAAAUUCGAUUCAGGAGAGCGAGAUUGGUGGGCGCGCGAUGACACCCAAAGCGAGUCAUUCCGGCACAGUUCUCGACAUGACUCAACGGAGCCGCCCAACGAUUCGAGCAAAGAGUUUUCAUACCACGGAGCACAAUCAGAGAGUAUGAGUCCCGACGGCACCAAGUACCCUUCGCAACAUCACAUCCGCAAGUUCGAUUCGGGAGAGCGCGAUUGGUGGGCGCAAAAUGAACCAGGCCGGGAUGCUCCGAGCGAGUCUCCUCAAAACGAUAUCCAGCACGACUCAUCGAACGACUCGAGUGGAGAGUUCUCAAAUCACGAGGCGCAAUCGAGAAGCGUCAGUCCUGACUACCCGAAACAGAGCUCCCAGCAUCAUAUCCGCAAGUUCGACUCGGGAGAACGAGAGUGGUGGUUGGAAGACGAGAGAAACUCCGGAAGUGUGGAGGGCGCGUUGGACGAGGACGAGGCUGUCGAAAACGAGGAGGAGGAAGUAGACUUUUGGGCGGAGUUGGCCGCCGAGAACGAGAAACACGAAUUGGAACUGCAACACGCCUAUCAAUUGCGAAACAUGGACGUGGAUUCCUCAUCUUGGUGGAUCGAAGAAAAGACGAAGGACGGUGAUAGGGACAAUCAACCAUCCUCGGGAAUCUCCAGGAGAACACCCGAAGAAGAUGAGGCGAACGCGGAUGAAUAUUACGACGCCGAGGCGGAUAACUCAGCUCAUGAACGAAACGAAGAGAUCUAUAGCUAUUCGAUACGAAAAUUCGACUCGGGCGAAACUCCGUGGUUCGCGGAGCAGGAGAACGACGACCAAACGGACAAGAGACCCGGCUCCGAUAGUUGUCAGGAUCAGAACCAAGUGGAGAGCGGGAUCUGGUCGAUGGAAACGUUCGACUCGACGAGCAACAGACCGUCGGAACAAUUCUUGAUCAGAACCGGUUCGGGGCAUACCCUAUGGUACGCCGCGGACAAAUCCGAGCCCCCCGUGGAACUGGCCAACAACGAGAGGUUCUUCAAGAUCGGCGAGGGGGAGCGAAUGUGUUGGAUCGACGACAACACGCUGUCGCACACCUAUUCCGGUUCGGCGACGGAACAGCCCUGGUUCCCGGAUAAAACUCUGUCGGAGGAUCAGGUCGAGGGUCCGUACAAGAUAAAGAGAAUCGAAUCGGGCGAGAAGCCGUGGUGGUUGGACGAGGAUGAGAAGACCGACGCGGGGUUCGACGACACCUUGUGCAGCCAUUUCCGAGGCUCCGAGUCCCGGUCGGAGAAUAACGUUACGCGAGCUGAUCUCUCGUCGAAAGCGAGCGACGGAGAGGAGGACCUGGAACCCUUCAGUCGAGUCGUCAGGAGAGUCCCCAACCCCACACUUUUCAUCAGUGAGCUAACCAACAUCGACCAACUACUCGGAGAUGAGCUGUCCUUCUCCAACCAAUGUCUCGAGCCAACGUUCGCUAAAAUCAAAGACGAUGGUCCGGCUAGCGAGGACGAAGAUGAAAUAGAGGAAGUUUCUGCUGAUCAAGUUAAAAUCCACGACAAUACCCCGCAAACUUAUAUCAUAGAACCCUUCAAAGGCAUUCUCAAGUUGGAUGACGCGGCGCUGCAGUUGUACAAAGACGGAGACUACAGCUCUUAUUUAGAUUUAGAUGCAACUAUUUCGGAACAGCAAGAAGAAUUUGAAGGCUUUCAGUCAAACCGGAAAAAUUCAAUAGUUUUGCGAACUCAGUUGUCAGUUCGGGUUCACACCAUCAUAGAAAAACUUCUCAAUUCCGAGGGCUCAGAACUUAGGAGAGCUCUGUUCUGUUUGAAGCAAAUAUUUCAAGAAGACAAAGAUUUAGUUCAUGAAUUUGUACAGAAUGAUGGUUUAUCGUGCCUCAUUAAAGUUGGCUCGGAUGCAAAUCAAAAUUAUCAGAAUUACAUUCUUAGAGCCUUAGGUCAAGUCAUGCUGUAUGUAGAUGGAAUGAAUGGAGUCAUAGAACACAACGAGACGAUUCAAUGGCUUUACUGUCUAGUAUCUUCAAAGUUCCGUCUCGUUGUCAAGACAGCUCUCAAACUUCUUCUUGUUUUUGUAGAAUAUGUAGAAUCCAACUGCCUCUUACUCAUUCAAGCUAUUCAUACAGUUGAUAAAUCCAGAGGAUCGCUGCCAUGGAGUAAUAUCAUGAAAUUGUUAAAUGAGUAUGAUGUUACUGACACAGAAUUGUUGAUUUAUGCCAUGACAUUAAUCAAUAAAACCCUUAAUCGAGUUCCUGAUCUGGAUAUGUACUAUGACCAAGUAGACGAAAUAGAAAAACAAGGCAUCCAAGAAAUUGUGCAAAGGUAUAUGUCAAGACCUGGGACAGAUCUAGACUUUCUUCAUCAGCUGCAAUCUUAUGAAGCUGUCUUGAAUCAUGAAGAUGGAGGAGACAAAACAAUACCUCUGAAGCAGUUGGACGAUAAUGUUAGGACUACCCGUUUUAGCAAUGCUUCCAUGAUCAGUGAUAUAGAAAGGAGGCGAUCCAGGAGGCAUUCUACAGGAACGGUUCCUUUAAGUUUGUCAGUUUCUCCUUACAAUAAAGCAAAUGAAGACUACCAUCUGAAACAGGCAGCAGAGGAUGGUGUCGGCGUUACACCAGCUCUAAGGAGAAGACUUGAAAGGGGCGAUCGACAAAAACUAUUAAUUCCUCAGGAAGAACUUUGCAAAUCCUCCACAGAAAACUAUUCUAGUGAUGAUGGAGGCAUGAAAAAUGGAUUAAAGUCUGAACUUAGCAAUGGCGAUUUGAAAUAUUAUAAUGGAGAAACUGAAUCAUGUUUGCCGAGAGAAAACACAGUCAAGGAUUUGACACAAAGACUUGCAACUCUAAAUAGUCCGAAUGAGGAGAGUCCUACUAAACUAACACCGCCUCCUCGUGUGGGUGAAAUGAAAGGGAUCAUUUCAAAAGCUAUAGAAGGUUUGGCGAAAUCGCAGUCAAAAUCGGAAUUGAAAAGUCCCACGAACGAAACUCCACCCAUGAGAAUUCCUGAAGUUAAGAAGAGUGAAACUGAACUUCAUUGGGAAGAACUCCUGGCAUCCACAACAAGAGCUUUGCAACUUUGUGAUUUGGAUUUUACCGACCUCGGAAGUGAUGAUGAGAAGAAUAUACUCGCUCCCACCUCAGUGGCUAACGGAAUACCGCCACCUCCCCCACCUUGCGUGCUCCCACCACCCGCACCUGCAGCGCCUCUACAGUCGCUGACCAAAACAAAGAAAACUGUCAAGUUAUUCUGGAAGGAAGUAUGUGAGGAUCCAAUAGUCAUGGCUAAAAUGAACUCUAGUCUAAUUUGGGAUGAACUGACUCCUGUCCCAGUAGAUACUCAAAAGUUAGAACAUUUAUUUGAAUCUCGCACCAAAGAUCUCAUUACAAAGGAGAAACAACAUGAACUUAAUAAAAACAAAGAAAUCAUAGUUCUGGAUCCGAAACGAUCAAAUGCAAUCAACAUUGGAAUGACUAAAUUACCUCCUCCUAGAGCAAUCAAAACAGCUAUUCUAAAAAUGGACGCAACUGUGAUGAAUAGAGAGGGUAUAGAGAAAUUACUCACCAUGUUACCGAGUGAAGAAGAAAGAACUAAAAUACAAGAAGCACAAACCGCUAAUCCUGAAUUGCCUUUGGGAAGUGCAGAACAGUUCCUAUUGACCCUAGCCUCAAUUAUUGAACUCCCAGCUAGGCUUAAACUGUGGGCAUUUAAAUUAGAUUAUGAAAACAGUGAAAAAGAAAUUGCUGAGCCUUUAAUGGAUCUAAAACAAGGCAUGGAGUUAUUAAAAGCAAAUAAAACAUUUAGAGCCAUUCUAGCCACUUUAUUGUCCAUAGGCAUUUUUCUUAAUGGAAAUGAGGUUAAAGGUUUCCAAAUAGAGUAUUUAGCCAAAGUUCCUGAAGUUAAAGACACUGUUCACAAACACUCCUUACUUCAUCACCUGUGUCACAUGGUUAUGAGCAAAUUUCCACAGUCUACUGAUCUCUAUUCAGAGAUUGGUGCUGUAACCAGAGCAUCAAAAGUUGAUUUUGAUGAGUUGGCUCUCUCAAUUCAUAGGAUGGAGCAGGAAUGUAAAGCUUCCUUCGACCACCUAAAAGUUAUCGUCAAGCAUGAUGGUAGCAAUGCAAUGAAGGGAAAGAUGUCAGAUUUUCUUGCAGACUGUGCGGAGCGCAUUAUUGUCUUAUGUAAAGUUCAUCGCAGAGUGAUCAACCGGUACCAUAAAUUUUGCUUAUGGCUUGGCAUUCCCCUUCAUCGAGUUUGUUUAACGAAACCAAAUGAACUGUGCAGGAUUAUCUCCGAGUUUGCACUUGAAUACAGGACAACUCGUGAGCGUGUGCUUCAGCAACUGGAGAAGAAAGCAAAUCAUCGAGAGAGAAAUAAGACUCGAGGAAAAAUGAUCACAGAGAUUGGCAAAGUGGACACAAAAGAGGAUCGUGCAGAUGCAGAGCUAAGGCAACUCCUAGGAAAUGAAUCAAUUGAUAGGCCCAAUUCAGCAUCUCCUCUCCACGGAUCUUUACCUUGGAGACGACAAAAGAAAAACUCAAAUGGAAAGGGAUCGCCGGACCAACGCAAAAAUGGGCACCUUACUGAUGGAGAUGAUGAGCUUCUAGAAACUCUUGUCAAAACAGCAACAAAAAUUCCAGCCACUCGAUCUGCUCCAAGAGAGCGCAAGAGAAUUCGAAACGCGGAUCGAAAAUCCUUCAGGCAAAGGACGUUGAGGAACGGGCUAAGUGAAGAGGACAAAAAGUAUCUCGCAUCGUACAUCGAAAGCUUCUAGACUGCACCCUCCUGUUUAAUUUGAAGCAUUGAUUCUUCACAAGUUGUUUCAAAAAUACAUGUAUGAAAAACUGUACUGUUGCAUUUUCAGAAUUGAAUUUUUAUUUCUAUUUAAUUUCCGUACCUUUUGACAUUUUCUGUCAAUACUUUUUUUAUACUUUGUCUGUAAACCCUGAUUUUUUUAAUUUUUCAUUCCGUAAAAAUCGUAUACAAGUAUUCUCAAGCACCAAGUCCUAUUUCAAUCCUUUGUAUUUUAAAUGAUGAGUAAUUCUUAUUAAUUGUUCAAUCUCUUGAAAAACUACUAUCUGUUUCAGAAAUAAGUAUUCUGCACUGUUGUUUGUUAUUAUUUUUUUCCUAUUGUUUUCAUUCUUUGUUAAUUACUUUUGUUAGAAUCUGUAGCUUCCAGUUACUAACUGCGUAUUAUGAAGUUUCUCUAGUUUAGUUUCCAAAUCAUCAUCGCUCAUUGAAAAUGCCCGGAAUUGGCUCAGAGAAGCAAUCCUUAGUGUCUCUUUUUCCCCUGGUUAUUUUUAUAACAAUGGUCUGCAAGUCCGCAGAGCCAAUGUUGAGUGUCAUUUCUAUUUUGAGUUUUCUUAAAAUUCUCACACUAACCAAUGGAAUGGUAUCCAUGAUGUUUUUGGAGAAAAAUUUUACAGUCCUAUCAAGGGUCAAUGUUAGCAUUGGUUUUAUUCACAUAUUUUCUCAUCAGGCUGGUUAAUCAAAAAUUUACUUUCAAAAUGAUGUUUGUGGAAAUUAAAGUGACCUGCCCUGCACUCCUAUCAAGGUUAUAAUUUCAAAUUAAGUCAAUUAACUUUGUAGAUAGUAAACGAGAAAAAGAGCCCUAUUCCUUUGUAGUUUUUGUCAUCCAUAAAUAUGGCAGUGAAGUUCCAGUCAAGUUCCUAUUAGCCUUUGAUAUGUACGUAUGAGGAAACAGAAAAAAUCAAUCUGCAUAUUCUGAGGAAUGAAAUUUUUUUAAACAAAUCUUUAAACCUGUAACCUAAUGAGCUAAAUGAGGUUUUUUUUGAAACCUUAAAGGUUACUUCACAAAGAAGCUGUAUCUAGUCAGCUUUUUCUGUUUCCACUUACUUUCUCAAGACAAAUAUCAAGACUUUCAGAACCAUCCCGUUCUUUCACAUUGUCAAAUUAAUCUACAGUAAAAACAGGAAGCAAAAUUUUGGAAGCCUACUAGACAUUCUUUCUCCUUAAUUGUUCUCUCAGUCAAGCACAUUAAAUUUAAGUCUUAAUUAUUUCCCCUUCUUUUACUUAUUUAAUGACUGUAAAAGUUUUAGUGAAAUUUACUACUUUUCCUAAUCUUUCUUUUAAUAAAUUGUGAUGUCUUGUAUGUAAGUUGAAUACCCUUGUGAUUUUUUUAUUACGCACCGGUGUGAGGUCAUAAAUAUACCAAGUCAUUAACCUUAAA